AGCCAAGUUCCAGAGAACUGGCAGCCAAGUUCCAGAGAACUGGCAGCCAACUUCCUGAGAACUGGCAGCCAAGUUCCUUAGAACUGGCUUAUUUCCUGAUUGGUGGCUUUGCCCUGAAGUUUGAUUGGCUGUCACGGCCAAACGGUUUUGAAUUUGGAAAAGAUUUUUGACACAUUUGUUCAGCUUGGUCCGAAGAUCAUAAAUGGCAAGUUUCAUGAAGAUUGAAAACUUGAAAAAGAGUGUUAAAACACAUCUUCAUUAUUUACAGCGCCCCCUAGAGGUCAAAUUGAAUGAGAGUCCCCAUGAUGAUGUCAUGGGUCUAUGUACCAAGUUUGGUAAAGAUAUGUCAAAGAGCUUCUGAGGCUGUUGGCUGUCGCGACCAAACGGUUCUGAAUUUGAAAAAUCUAUUCAAUAAAUCUAGCAUGGCCUGAAGAUAAUCUGUGCCAAGUUUCGAGAUGAUUGGACAGCAUUUGUGACAAGAGAUGCAUUUUGAAGGUUUUUGACAUAAACCAAGAUGGCGGAAAAUCCAUAAUGGCGCAAAACGAAGACAGGAUGCUUUGAACUCGGCAUGGACGAAGCAUUCCAAUGAUUCCUUGUUUCACCCACUUGGUAGACUGGGUAGGCCCGCCCCUUCUGCCUGCGAUUUGAGUUCGCCCUGCACAAGGGUCUGGAGAAGAGCAAUACAUUUCUUUCUGCUUCCGAUACGUUUUUGCGGGAGCCAAUCACCAAGCUGGCUUUUUCCCUUUGCGCGCUAUUGGCUGGUUUAACACAAUGACGACAGGGAAGCAACGGCAAGCAGCCAAUCAUGUACCGAGCAGCAAUGAGGGGGCAAAGCAGAAUAUGACUCCAUAAACUAAUUUUGGUGGACAGACAUAAUUGGUUAGGUGGCUAUUUGAUGACUGUCUCAGUAAUUUCACCUACAAAGAAAGCUAUUGGCAAAUGGUUAUCAGAAUGAAAAUACAUUGAAUAUUUUCCCUGAUAAACAGGAAAUACAAAGGAUUUCAUGUGUCACUCAAUGAUAUAAAAACCAACUGUGUCCGUGUUUCCUUCUAAAGUCUCAACUCCAAAUUUCUAGAUCUCAAACUACAGAGCAGCUGAGCGGCCGUGAAGCAGGAGCCAUGGCAGACACUCGGAAGACAGUGGUCAAGGUGCUAAUCAGUGUAGAGAAGGUCACGUCCUUUGCCACCUCCAUCAUCCUCAUCUGCGGCAUUUUGCGCAAGGGCCUCCAGGAGGACGGGGCCCACGCCCUGGAAAAGGACUUCCAGGCACUGCACUGCAAGAUGGGGAGCAUCUCGGCUAAGAACCGGCAGUACCUGCAGAAGAUCCGGAUCGACGAGGUCAACGAGACCUUCGACAACCACGAGGAGUUCAUGAAGCACCAGUACGCCGCCUUGGGCAACAUGGUGGCCCGGGUGAAGAAGGACCCGGACGCCGCCGACCUCCACAUGAGCACCUUCGAGAGGAUAAACGAGCGGGACAAGGCGGACAUGAUGAGCCUGGACGUCUACUACCGUGGUGUGAUGGGGAAGGGCUCCGUGUUCGGCCGGCCCCUCCUGCUGGUGUACUUGGAGCACUGCGGACGCAACCGCACCGUGAUGGAGCACCGCUGCUCCCACCUACGCUUCCUCUUCCACAUGGGCCUCAUCGCGCUCAUGGCCUACACGGCGGUGACGGAGGACGACGAGGAGGAGGUGGCCCAGAAGUGGGCCAAGAGAGUGCAGGAGAUCCAGAGCAAGAUGGAGGAGGUUCUGAGUCAUUGCCAGGAGGAGAGCCCACCCUAGGUUCUGGGAGGGGAGGUCGGAGGGGAGAUGGGAGAUUGGUGGUGGGAGGGUGGGAGGUUGGGAGGGAGGAGGGGUGGGGGGAGGGAUACGAUAUUGUCCAUGUCAAUAUGGAAGCACUUCAGGU